UCUAAUCUCUGGCGUCUCAUUGGCUGAGAGCUCUGACCCAACCGUCUCGUGUUCUGUCAAAUUCCAUUAUGUGUGAGAGAGUGAGAAACAGUAUGGGAAACAGGCAGAGAGAGAGAGAGGGAGAGAGAGAGAGAGAGAGAGCGAGAGAGAGAGAGAGAGAGAGAGCAUGAGCGCAAGAGAGAUCGAGAGAUGCAGUGGAAUUAAAGAUGACGUACAGUAUGGAGAGAGGUUUAUCCCUGUUCCUUUACUAAUCCGCAUCUGAGCUGCGAGUCUUGUGUGUUACAGCUUCACUUCACUGCAGUGGAACAGAAACUGAAGCAUCAGAAUAAAAACAUCAGCCUGGAUUUCCAUCAUCAUCAUCAUCACUGAACAAGGCCACACCUCCUAUGCUGAGACUGACACAGAGGCCACACCUCCUUCCUUGGGACAGACAGAGGCCACGACUCCUUCGCUGAGACUGACACAGUGUAGAGGCUGAGAUCUGCAGUGUGUGUGUGUGUGUGUGUGUGUGUGUGUGUGUGUGUGUGUGUGUGUGUGUGUGUGUGCAGGAUGGCGAGUGAUGACUCUGAGCUCUGCUCCCGCCCGAGUCCUGUAGUGCAUCACAUUGAUAAACACUUCCUGAUGUGCAGCAUCUGUCUGGAUCACUACCACAAACCCAAAGUGCUGCCGUGUCUCCACACCUUCUGCCAGAGGUGUCUUCAGAGCUUCGUCCCUGUCCACAGCCUAACUCUGUCGUGUCCUGUCUGCCGCCAGACCUCUGUCCUUCCAGAGAAGGGUGUGGCAGCGUUACAGAGCAACUUCUUCAUCACCAACCUGAUGGAGCUGCUGAAGAGUCAGGACAUCGAUCUCGGAGACGAGGACAUCAACACUUUGAGCACGGAGCCACAGCUGUCCUGUCCAAACCAUGGAGCAAAUGUGAUGGUGUUUUACUGCCCCGUGUGUGAGACAGUCGUGUGUGAGGCAUGCAGCAGUGAUGAGCACGCCCAACAUGUGGCCGCCCCUAUCACACAGGUCCUCACACAGCACAGAGCUUCACUGAUGCAGCAGCUAAAUUCUGUCAGGAGCAGACUUCCGGAGAUUGACUCGGCACUGCAGAAGCUGUCUGAGAUCCUGCAGCAGUUGACCAAUCAGAAGAGCUCAGUCGAAGAGAAAAUCCACACCACCUUCAGUGAGCUGCAGAAGGUGCUGGAUAUGCGUAAGAGUGUGCUGCUGAUGGAGGUGGAGGUGAACUACACCCUCAAACACAAGGUGCUUCAGGCACAGUUAGCGGUGUUGCUGCAGGAGCAGGAGGGCAUGAGCAGCGGCUGCAGUCUGACUGAACGGGCAUUACUCACUGGCUCUGAGGGUGAGGUGCUGCUGGUGGAGAAGCAACUGAGCGAGUGUUUAAGUGACCUGGCGACUCGUGAACUUCCUCUGCGGCCUGAAGAGAACGGUCAACUGAGCUUCACAGCAGAAACCGAUGGUCUUUGCAGCUCCAUCCGCCGUCUGGGUUCCAUCGUCACUGGCAGCGCAGUGGCAGGAGAGACGGUGGCGAGUGGCGAGGGACUGCGGCGCUGCGUGGUGGGCCAACCCACAUCCAUCACCGUCACCUCUAAGGACAGAGAUGGCAGGUUGUGCCAGACAGGGGGCGCUCCUCUCUCAGCUGAGCUGAAUGGUGCAGACGGUACGCUGGUGGGAGAAGGUGAAGUUGUAGACCACAAAGAUGGCACCUAUGACAUUCUGUACACGCUGGCACAUGAGGGACAAUACAUGCUUGUACUUCGCCUGCAUGGACAGCACAUCCGCGGAAGUCCCUUCAGCAUCCGUGCCACCAAGCACAUGCAGGAGUCCGACACCAACGGUGCCAAGAGAUGGCUGAAGUCACCGGGAAGCUCCCACAUGAAACAGAGAGCCAUCAAGCGACACGGCAGCAUGUACAGCUCAGGCAGGGGCAAGGGGAACGGCAUCGAGGACGACCUCAUCCUCCGAAUCGGGACGAAAGGGAGAAAUAAGGGAGAAUUUGCCAAUCUGCAGGGCGUGGCCGCUUCAGACACUGGAAAAGUUUUAAUAGCAGACAGCAACAAUCAGUGUGUUCAGAUAUUUUCUAAUGACGGACAGUUUAAGAGUCGUCUCGGUGCACGGGGUCGCUCUCCGGGGCAACUCCAACGGCCCACCGGCAUCACCAUCCACCCCAACGGUGACAUCAUCAUUGCUGACUAUGACACCAAAUGGGUCAGCAUUUUCUCCAGCGAUGGUAAAUUUAAGAGUAAGAUCGGCUCCGGGAAGCUGAUGGGUCCCAAAGGCGUGUCUGUGGACAGAAACGGGAACAUCAUCGUAGUGGAUAAUAAAUCCUGCAGCAUCUUCGUCUUUCAGCCGAACGGCAAACUCAUCCGCAAGUUCGGCACUCGUGGAAAUGGAGACAAACAGUUUGCAGGUCCCCACUUUGCAGCAGUGAAUCAGAAUAAUGAGAUUAUUGUCACUGAUUUCCACAAUCACUCAGUAAAGGUGUUUAAUGCGGAGGGAGAGUUCCAGUUGAAGUUCGGCUGUAGCGGUGAGGGAAAUGGUCAGUUUAACGCCCCCACAGGAGUCGCUGUGGAUUUAAAAGGAAACAUCAUCGUAGCCGAUUGGGGAAACAGCCGGAUACAGGUGUUUGACAGCAGCGGCUCGUUCCUGUCAUUCAUUAACACUUCAGCAGAUCCACUGUUUGGCCCUCAGGGUCUCACCAUCACCUCAGACUCUCACAUCCUCGUAGCUGAUUCAGGAAACCACUGCUUUAAAGUUUACCGCUACCUCCAGUGAUACUCCUCAACCCUCCAUCCACUCAUCCCUCCAUUCCAUAAUACCAUCAUCCUGUCACCAUGCCAUCCCUCUAUUUUCAUUAUUCUGAUCGUGACCCGAUAGCACUGUUGCCUUUCCACAGUUUUCAGGAUUAUUAACCACCUGAACUGCACAGAGGGAGAAAUCAAAUGGGCUAAAUGUAAAUACUGAAGUUAAAAAACAAAACAAAAAAAAAUCUAUUAUACAUUUAUUAAUGAAUUUCUUGAUUUUU